AUUGUAUUACAUUGAUCGUUUUCAUUAUAAUUAUCGGAGCAAAGCCACUUUUUGGCUCUAUUUUUAUUUCAUUUUCAAAAGUAGCCUUAUUUUUAUCCUUUUUAUUCCCUUAUUAAAAAGAAAAUGGCCUCACCUACAGACACUUCAUCUUCAGUACCUGCUAUACCUAUUACCGAGAACAAGGAAGGUAAACCUAUGGAAGAAAAACCAACACCAACACCAACCAGUCCAGCCUCUGGUUUAUCACCUUCUUCUCCAGAGAUUCCUACACCUACAAGCAGCUUUGUACCCAACAUGGACCAAUUAUUAAAAGAAUUAAAGCAAAAGAAGGAAUUGUUGCGUCGUCUAGAUGAGGAUUUGUUUCAUCUCAAGCAUAUGAAUGCUGACCUUACAGAAAAAGAAAGGCUUAUAAAGGACCGUAUGACAAACAGACUAAAGGAUCAAAAACAACUUUUAGACAACUAUAAUGAACAUAUUCGUUCCAGAAGAGCAACAGGCGAUGAUGCAAAGACAAUCCAUAAGAAAUUGCAAGAUUUAAAGUUAAUGAUAAAGACACUUGCCGUAGAAUUAGGUAACCGUUGUGACCCACCCACCGCAACAAAGGCUAUCAGUUCUUUCUGGGUAAAUUUGAACGAGCCAAUUUUAAAGCUUGGUACUCCUUUACCCGUUAAGCGUAUCGUUAUGUUGACGGAGAAGUUUUUGAUGGAUGUUUUGGUUCAAAACAUGAAUUACAAUACAUUUACUGGAUUAAAGAUAUCUCAACCUUACAGCCAACUCCAAAUGUGGUUUGACAAAUACGAGGUCUCAUUUUGCACAAGACUAAGACAAGAAAUCGCUAAAGUAGUUGUGUCCGGUAAUGUACCCAACUCGGAUAUUCAAAUGGAAAUUCAAAAGUUGAACAAGAGAAUGUAUACUUCUUUGUAUACAUCCUUAUUGAAAUCAUACCCAUUUAUUGAACAGCACGAUUUGAAUGAAAAGGAUACCGACAAGCAAUACUCAGUCAUGUUACGGACCAUGGUCGAGCACGCUUCAAACAUAGGAUAUGCAAUGCGAGGACAAGAAGUAGAGAUUGCUGCUGCCGCUGUUGGAGAAGGUUCUGAAUUACUGGAUCCAAAGAGUAUGAUAGAUGAGGAUGGACAAACCUCUGGGAUUAUACAAUUUUGUGUCUGUCCACCAUUCAUCAUGUAUGGUGCCCGUGUGGAUAUAUUAGAAAAAGCCAGAGUUUUAUGCUCCCCUUUACCUGCUACAACUACAACUAAUACAGCUACCAAACCUUAGCUGCUAGAUCCCCUCAUACCUUUUACUUAUCUUAUUUCACCUUAUAUAAAACCCUGGAUCUUUUUUAGAGUUUUUAAUACCUUGGUAAUGCUCUUUUUUUUUUUUUUUUUUUUUUUUUUUU